UUUCAUCUCUUCUGCUUUCUUGUCCUUUCUAUUUUGGAAAACGGGCUCUGGUGGAGGAGUACGGCAACAGCAAUGGAGAGACCUCCAAGCUUUAUCUCUGAGCCGCUUCUGAUUCUCCUCCUGCUUUCUGCGUUAGCUAUCGCUUCUGCUUCCUCCAGCCUUGAGGAUCAAUUCCGGCGAAAUCUGCUCGCUAAUGGCCUCGCUCUCACUCCUCCUAUGGGGUGGAACAGUUGGAACCAUUUCGGUUGUCAAAUAGAUGAAAAGAUCAUCCGAGAAACUGCGGAUGCUCUUGUCGCGACUGGCUUGUCCAAGCUUGGAUACACCUAUGUCAACAUAGAUGAUUGUUGGGCUGAAUUGUCUCGAGAUAACAAGGGAAAUCUAGUGGCAAAGAAGUCAACUUUUCCUUCUGGAAUUAAAGCUCUCGCGGAUUACGUUCACAGCAAAGGUCUUAAGCUUGGAAUUUACUCGGAUGCAGGGUAUUUUACUUGUAGCAAAAAGAUGCCUGGUUCACUUCAUCAUGAGGAGCAAGAUGCAAGAACAUUUGCUUCAUGGGGUAUUGAUUACUUGAAGUACGAUAAUUGUAACAAUGGGGGAUCAAGGCCAACGGUUAGAUACCCCAUUAUGACUCGAGCUUUAUUAAAGGCGGGGCGUCCAAUCUUCUUUUCUCUGUGUGAAUGGGGAGAUUUGCACCCUGCUUUAUGGGGUGCCAAAGUAGGGAAUAGCUGGAGAACAACGAACGACAUAAAAGAUUCAUGGGACAGUAUGAUAUCCAGGGCAGACAUGAAUGAAGUUUAUGCUGAUCUAGCAAGGCCUGGUGGCUGGAAUGACCCUGACAUGCUUGAGGUUGGAAAUGGAGGGAUGACGACUAAUGAAUAUAUAGUUCACUUCAGUCUAUGGGCCCUUUCCAAGGCUCCGCUGCUUCUGGGUUGUGAUGUUCGAAAUAUGACUCGAGAGACUAAAAUGAUAGUUACAAACAAGGAGGUUAUUGCAGUUAACCAAGAUCCACUGGGGGUGCAAGGUAAAAAGGUUAGGAUGGAAGGUGAUAUUGAGAUAUGGGCAGGGCCGCUUUCUAAAAACAGAGUAGCUGUAGUGCUGCUCAAUCGUGGCCCCGUGCGUUACUCAAUUACUGUUUGGGACGACAUUGGCAUUCCUCCAAAAAGUGUGGUGCAAGCAAGAGAUCUUUGGGAGCACAAGACAUUGGAGAGGCGAUUUGUGGACAAAAUUAGUGCCACUUUGGAGUCGCAUUCGUGUAAAAUGUAUGUCUUGAAGCCAAUAGCGUGAGGCCAAAUGGAUGGAUGGAUGGGAGCUUGUGGCGUGUCAACUCCUCACUGGUUUAAGUUAUAGGAUUAAUGUCCCUACGUGUGUUAUUUAUAUACUUUCCUGGAAUAAGUAUAAAAAUAAUUACCAUCUCAUGUCUAUAUGGUGUUUAGAACAAUAAUUUAAAAUUUAAUCAUCUAAUAAAAUGUACUUCAUCCUAAGAUCUAGUUAUUUACCCUUAAUUACAGUUACAUGAGGAGGCUUUAUACGUUCCGAUUGA